GUCGUCUGCGUAUGCGAGCCCUCUGCCUUUAAAUAGCGGCGCUCAAAGGCUGGCCCACUAUACACUUGAGCCGCCAGAAUAUCUACUCCUUCCUGCUUUCUGAAGCACGACUUCCUCUGCGUCGUCUUCGAAGACCACUGUCCUCCGGAACUGCAACACAUGAACAAAGGACUCACGAAGUGAUCGUCGCUGCGCAUCAGGAUGCACAUGUAUGGAAGUGUACACCUCGAACUCGCCCUCACCGUGACAGCGGUACUCUACGGGUACACGGCAGCGGGAGACUGUUCCACAGAAGUCGGCAAUUAUCGGGAGAUAUUGGACACGUUCAAGUUUUUCAUCUUGGAUGCCACUUCCGACCCGCAGCUGGAUCUGAGCUGCUUGACUGUUAAAAAAAAUGGGCCUACACAAAAACUAAUAACUACCGAUUCCACAACUGAAGAGAGCAUCCACGCCUCCUACAAGGCCAAGUACAUCAACAACGACGACGGUGAACCACGAGACGGAGAAGCGAGCAUAACUGCUCAAGGCAAGAUUUACGCUACGUGGAAGAGCGAAAAUGUCAGCGAAAGCUUGCAGCUUCGUGUACGCUUCCACUACACAGACAGCUGUUUUGUUCUCGAGCAAGUCCCACAAGAUAAUUCAGGUUCAAAGUACUACCUCUUCAGCAGUGUUAAUGCCACGUACACCGACUACGAGCAGUGUUUGGAGAAGCUAAAGGAAUACACCAGCGAGAGCUUGACGUUCCCGAACGGAGAUCGCUACUGCGAUCCACUUGCUGAGACGUUGGAAGAGGAGACCAAGUUCGACCACUUUUGAAUACCGCCGAAUAAAUUCUGCAUCAUUCACGGACAA